GCGCCUGCGCCGCUGCUUCAACGGACAGCCGCUCUGCCCGCCUGCAACUCUUUGGUGCAAAAAAAACUCGAUGAUUUCCCGUUUUUAAAAGAACGAGAGCGCGAAAAGAAAAGAAACCGGGGGAUAAAAAAGCCGGCGGCGGCCUUCUAAAAAUGCCGAAACCGCCGCAGGAAGGCCCGAAUCCUUUAUUUACGCGAUGGUUGGAGGAAUGGCGCGACCAGGCCGCGGAAAACGGACGCCUCAAGAGCCAACGCGCCUAUGAACGCGCCCUGAGCUCCCUCCGCAAGUACCCCCUCCCUCUGCGCAGUGGCCGCGAGGCUCGGAUCCUUAUGUAUUUCGGGGAGAAGAUCUGCCAUCAGCUGGAUGAACAGCUGGAGAGAUACCGCAGCAGCCAGGACGGUACAGCGCUGGCCGGUAUGGAAGGAGAGGGGCCUGUGACCCCUACAGGCAUUCCAGGUGGGCCAAUCCCAACGUCUCCUUGCAAAAGUUGUGAAGAUGUUGACGAUCAAACUGACAGCGACGAUAGGCCAGCGUCACAACCUUCCCUGUCGUCUCUAGAGCCAGUCCAACGUCAAGAGCAACAGUCAAAGGUUGAAAAAGCAGAGCGUUCCACGGCAUCGGGCCCGGGGUUACAUGCCACUCGGCGAUCUCCAGCGUACGCAGUACUGUUGGCACUCUAUCACAACGCCACGAAACCUGAGUCGCGGGGCUACCUGACCAAACCAGAACUGCAGAAAACUGCACAGCCUCUCUGCGAUAAAUCCUUUUUUCUGGCUGAUCCUGGAAGUAAGAACACCGCCUGGUCUGCUGUCAGCACUCUGAUUCGCAAGGAGCUAGUCCUCAAGACCAACAUUCCAGCCAGAUAUUCUCUGACCGAAGCAGGGCUAAAUGUAGCCCGGGAGCUGAGGGCCUCCGAAGAGCUGAAGGAAAACAAUUCCAGCCCCCCAAAAGCCACAGCCCCCCAAACUGGAGGAACCAUUGUGCUUUUGGAGGAAAACGACGGAAGCUCAUUGGGCUCAGAAAAUUCAGACAGCAGCUCCGCCAGCAAAUACAGAUCAAGCUGCGAAGGGCCGAACUCGGGCCUGUUGACGCCCCAGUUUGUUUUGCAACCUGGACAUUUUGAGGUGAUUCUUUGCGUGGAUUUCAUCGAGACCACAGGUGGCCCCGCGUCGCGUAAACAGGAGCUGGUGCGCGAACUUCAACGUCACCACGUCCCGUUUAGCAUCCGGAAGCUCCACGUCGGCGAUUUCCUCUGGGUGGCCAGAGAGAGGGGUCCCCGUGUGUCAGAGGAGCUGCCACCAACCACGGUUCGUGAGCUGGUUUUAGACUACGUGGUGGAACGGAAACGGAUGCCGGAUUUAUGCGGUAGCAUCAUUGACGGUCGCUUUCGGGAACAAAAGUUCCGCCUGCGGCAGUGCGGUCUUUCCCACCCCAUCUACCUGGUAGAAGACGCGAAUUCCGCGCAGCAUCUCAGUCUUCCCGAAAAGACUCUGCAACAAGCCAUUAUCAAUACUCAGGUGAUCGAUGGCUUCUUUGUCAAACGUACCGGUGACAUUCGGGAAUCUGCUGCAUAUCUGACCAUCAUGACCCGUCAUUUGACCAGACAGUACGGGGACAAAAUGCUUUUGAGCUGUACCAAGCAAGAACUGGAGGACGAGCGCCCCCUGCAGCCCAAGGAGGGUAUCUGCAGGCUCUUGACAUUUGCUGAGUUUAACGAAGGAGCCAUUAAGAAUAAGGCACAGACGGUGUACGAAGUCUUCGCAAGGCAACUGAUGCAGGUCAGCGGCCUCAGCGGAGAAAAAGCGGCUGCCAUUUUGGAAAAAUACAAAACGCCCACUAGCCUGAUGGGGGCUUACGCCGAGUGUCCGGAUUCAGAAAGCCAGGAGAAUCUUCUGAGUACCGUCAAGUGUGGCCAGCUGCAGAGAAAUCUGGGUCCUUCUCUUAGCAAGACCUUGGCUCAAUUGUACUGCACCCCUGGGCCGCUGCCUUGAACAUCCAGAGGUUGUGAGAAGUUGUGCGUUGGCUGUGUGUGUGGGUCAGUGUGUGUUUGUGUGAGAGAAAGAGAGAGAAAAUAAUGACGUUUACUGUGCUGUCGAUGAAGAGGAAGAUUCUCACCAUUUGUCACCGUUUUGUAAAAAGAAGAAGAGGAGCGUGCAUCAAAUCACGUAGGCGAGGGGUUUUUUUUCCCCCAACUUGCACUUCCUUGCACAAUUUGGGAGGGUUUUUGUCAUCUCUGCCUACACUCAAACAAACACACACACACACAUUUAUACACACUCCCCAGAAAAGGGGUUUGGACAAAUGCUCUCGUUGUGUGUUCCCUUCAGUGCCCAAUCCUGCCUAAUUCUGUCCUGUUUGACCGAAAAGAACCUAAGAAAUAGACUACCUCAACAUGCUAAUUAAAUCCUAAUUGUCUUCAUAUUCCAAUAAAGUUUCUAGUAGUUUUUUAACAAC